AUGCAGCAAAUGACCGAUUUGCUGGCCCAUGUGGUGCAACAACAGGGCCACAACCCUACCCCACCUGUCGGGAAUCUCGAAAACCCUGGGAAUAAUGUGGAAAGUGAGGAUCGAGCUCUUGAAAGGUUCCAGAAAUUCUCCCCAUCGAAAUUUCUUAGAGGGCCCGAUCCCGAUGUGGCUGAAAGGUGGUUGGAGAAAAUGGUAGACAUCUUUGCGGCCUUACAUUAUUCAGAAGAAAGACAGGUUACUUUUACGGUCUUUCAGCUAGAAGGGGCCGCUCGUUCCUGGUGGAAUGUUAUAUGCACCAAGUGGGAGAGAGAGCAGACAUCAAGAACGUGGGUAAACUUCGUUAGGGAAUUUAACGCUAAGUAUUUUCCGCCCUUGGUCCAAGAAAAGAAGGAAGACGAGUUCAUUCGACUUCGCCAAGGCACCCAAUCCGUGACCGAAUACGAGAGCCAGUUUACUCGAUUAGCUAAAUUUGCCUCUGAACUCAUUAUGAUUGAACAAAGAAGGGCUUUGCGGGCCGAGAACGCAAGGCUUCAAGUUCGGAAUUUCCAAGUUAGAAAAUGUGAAUUUUCAGGGAAUAGUUCUACUCAGGGAGAUAAAAGUACCCCUCCUAAAUUUGGAAGGGGAGCUGGAGGACGAUUUUCGGGAACGACGAGAGGGACUCCGCCAAGGGGUGGCCAACAGAGGAGUGCCUCACAGGGAAGCUCAGUCACUGUUUCUCGUGGCCUGUGUGGGUUUUGUGGGAAGCCAAACCACACGGAAGAUAACUAUUGGAGAAAGGAGAAGAAAUGCCUACGCUGUAGGAGCGCGGAGCACCAGAUAGCCAGUUGUCCGGUUCAACCCCGAGAGGCAAGAGGGUCUACCCAAUCUUCUAAGGCGACCUCAGGGCAGUCAAAAGUGGAAGGGACGAAACCGAAGGUGCCCGUGCAAGUGUACUCUCUUGAGCAACGUCCUGUACCUGAUUCGGUGGAGGUGGUGGAAGGUACGAUUCCUAUCUUCCACCGUCUAGCUAGGAUUUUGAUAGACUCCGGUGCCACCAAUUCCUUUGUUAACCCCGAAUUCAUGUGUGGGAUUGAUGUAACUCCUGUAAACCUGCCCUAUGAAUUGGAAGUGAGUACGCCUACGGGGGACCAAUGUUUGGUUACUAGUAAAAUAUUUGCAAACUGUGAAAUUUGGGUAGGAGAGCGAAAGUUAUUAGGGAAUUUGAUAAGUUUAUCUAUUAAGGGGUACGAUAUGAUAUUGGGCAUGGACUGGUUAGUUAGGUAUGAUGCCCAACUUGACUGUAAAAGAAAAGUAGUGAAAUUUCGUAUACCGGGGGAAGCGACCUUAAAGUUAGAUAUGAGGAGCAGUUUAGCCUCAUCUGCAAUGAUUUCGGGCAUUCGCGCUAGGAAAUUAUUGAGUAGAGGGGCACAAGGGUUCUUAACCUUUCUCAUUAACCGUCCCACCGAUAAGCUGAAAGUAGAAGAUGUUCCGAUAGUGGGCGAAUAUUCGGAUGUGUUUCCUGAUGAGUUAGUGAAUCUAUCACCGCAAAGGGAGAUAGAAUUUGAGAUUAACUUGUUACCGGAGACUUCACCUAUCUCUAAACCCCAUACCGCAUGGCACCUGCUGAAUUUAAGGAGUUAA